UUUAGGUCUGUAAAUUGAAGCGUUUCCACGCGCAGUAAACAGCUGGCGUUGCAAUGCGUCAGAGGUAACACAAAAUGUCGUGUGAAUGGUUGUGUUAGUUGUUCGUCGUCUUAGAAUAAGUGUGAAAAUAAAAGACGUCAGAAAAAUCUAGCAAACAUUAAAUGAACAAAUAUAAAAGUUUAAAAACUGAAAAUUAAUAAUAAUAUACUAAAAUCACACGUCACUAAGAUAAUUAAUCGAUAAUAUUUCAAUUAAAUUCAAGUGUUUUGUGUGAACUGAAAGAUUUUCUUUGUUCCUUCCAACAAGACUUUCUUGCGCAUUCAUUUUUCUUCACUCGCGCAGGCUUUGUUCUCCCUUUUAAUACACCGUUAGACGAAUAACAAAGUCUAAAAUAAUUUUUUUCACUUUUUUAUCACACUUUAAAACAAGUUAUAAUUUGCCUGAAGUCGACUUAAAUCCAAAACCGUCGAUUAAGAAACUGGUUUUACAUAUAAAUAAAUAAAAAGUAAAUCAAUGUGACCUGUUUAAAUACACACUUCAUGAGUGACUGCUUUGUUUUGACUGAGCAGCUGAUCGUUUUUGACAUUUAAUUUGUGUUCAAAGGACAUUUUUCCACAAUUUAGUUAAUCUGAAUAUCAACGACUAUUCAAAUACAGAAAAAAGAUUGUAAAUUGACCAAGUCAUAACAAGAAAACAAGAUUAAAAAAAGUUAUUCAAGAUAAAUAUAAAGGUUUUGAAAAAUACCGAAAUUAUUUUUGAUAUAAAAAUAAACCAUUUUUCCACUAAUAUUUAAUUAUUUAAAACCAAAAUAAAUAAAGUAACUAUCAAAGAUCUCGUGUUAUUUAUUUUAACGUUUGUAAAGAAAUCGAUAGACAUAAAAAUAACGCAAUUGAAAAGCUUUUAAAACUAUUAAAUUAAUUAUCGAAAACAUUUUGUUGCCAUAAAAACGAUAAUUAAAUUAACUUGAGGAUCUCUAUAACGACUGAAGUGUUGAAAAAUCACUGAAAAUAAAUAAUCUGAAGCCAUUUUUUUUAUACACUGGAAAUUGAUCUGAAUGUGUGUGAGAUUAAUUAUCGAUUCAAUUAAAUGUGAUUUGUUGUCAGUAACAAGUUUGAAUAUCAACGAACAGCUCUACUGAUCUCUAUGAGGCACAGGUCAACGGGGGCCGUCCUCGCGGAAAGUGAGAAACGUGGGGUACGGCCCCAACUAAGCUGACUACUGGAAUUAUCAAGGGACAAAUAGUCUCGAAGAUACAGAAGCUAAAAAAAAAAUCAAUUGUACUGAAACAUUAUUUGGGUAACUGGCCAAAAGUAAAUUAACCUAAACAUCAGGAAACAAUCAAGAAAGUUGAUUAAAAAAAUUUAUCUGAUAACUACGGAUGCCUGAUUGCAGUUCACGACUCAAAGUCAAUUUUGGUAUUAAUUGAAGCCUAAUUAUAAUCAGGAAAUUCGAAAAUGCUUUACAUAUUUCAUGUUGACACGGGUGCUACUCUAACAUUCGACAUCAAACUCGCUCUCCAAAGUGUUGCUGAAUUGAAGGAAGCGAUUGAACGAGAAUGUGGAGUUUUAGCUGCUCAUCAAGUGUUGCUGAUGAGCGGUGGCGAGAGUUUAGAACCUCAUGCACGCGUCUGUUCAUAUUCUGCUGGUACAGAUACAAAUCCUAUUUAUUUAUUUAGCAAAGCUGCCAUCGAGAGCCAAAUACCACCUAUACCACACACAGAUUACAGUACAGAUGUUGAUCUCGUUGACCAAAUUAAUGCUUCUCUGGCAAUGCCAGCAACUUACUCAACCCUAGUAUCCCGUGCGCAAUUGGCUCAACAAUGUUAUGUCAUAGCACGAGAUCAGACGCGAACAUGUGAACAUCUAGUCCAUGAUCAGCAUCUCCAGCAACAAGGAUGGGCAGCAGUUGUAGCGAACCUUGAAGAUAUAACCCAAAUGUUUCAAUCAAAAGCUGAUUUACUUCAGCAGAGCUUUGCACAAUAUCUUACAGAGCGUGAACAACAUAUGCAGCUUCUUAACACCUUUAAUUCUGAUUUAGAAAAUUUAUCAAAGAUUCCAAUUUUACCAGCAUUACGUGCUCAAGCUGAAGGUUUAUUAAGUCCGGAAGAUCAGACGUCAGAAUCGGAAUGCAGUGAUGAAGUAAUGAGCCUGCUACGUUGGAUUUCUGCUAAAGAUAAUCAGAGUAGUUUGGAGCAGGUUGCUGAACAAUGUUCAAGAGGGUUGGAGCAAUUUGAUGAACGUAUGAUGGAAGCGUUAAAGAAUGAAGUCAAUGCUGCCAUUGAUGCAUCAAAUAAGCCAGAAAUGAAGGAAAUAAAAGGGUUGGGUGAACGGUUAUUUGCUUUGGAGCAGUUAAUGGCACAAACAAAAAGGCUGGUUCAAGAGCAGGGAGAAUUGGCACAAGGCUUCCAUCAAAAUCAAACUCGAGCGAAUAAUUUAGGAGAUGCAAGUGUACUUCCAGAUCUUUGUGCAUCACAUAGGAGGCAAUUGGCAGUGAUGAUGGAGAAUCACAGCCAGCUGAGGGAUAUUAGAAGAAGGUGUACUAGAGCAAAGGAAGAAUUGUCGGAAAAUAUUUACCAUAGGUUAAAGUGGAUUAUGUAUGUAGAGAAUAAAAUGAUGGAAGUUGAUGGGAAAUUAGUGAUGUAUCAUGAAAAUUUGAAACGAUUGCGAAGACAUUUGGAAGUACUUCAACAAAUUCAUUUAGCACCACAGAUGUACAUCAGUGCUGUGGCAGAAGUUGUGAGAAGACGAACAUUUUCGCAAGCUUUUUUGGUUUGGGCUAGUAAUUUAGCAUGUCAGUUGUUGACAGUUUAUAAUGAAGAGAUUGCCAAACGUCGGGAAUUUCAAAAUAAAUUUGACGGACAUUUUUUAAAUACUUUGUUUCCUGGCUUGGAAGAUAUCCCACCCCCGUUUGCGACACAGGCACCGACAGUUUUUGAUGGAGAACUGCCUAAGUUGACUGCGGAAGACAUGGAAUCCCUCAAAGUUCAAUUACCUGAUCUUGCCGAUUCGAUUUCUACGCUAGAUUUAAGUAGCAUCACGCAAUUUUUCUUAUCCAAAAGUUUGACUGAAGGCAGCACAGAUGAUAAUAAAAAUAAAGAAAGCAGCACCAUGAUGCCUGUUGAUGUUUCAACUAAAGAACAAAGUGAUCAAGUUGCAAUGACUAGUGAUAGGAUUGGUUUUGAGUCAGAAACGGACACGGACGAGUUUGAAAAAAUCUCCCAAGGUGUGAGUGACUCCAAGCACAACCUAUUCGAGCAGAGACAGAAGACGAAAAAGCAAUUGGAGGAAAACCUGGGAAAUACUCGAAAUGAAGUGGAAAGACUCCGAAAUAUAAUAAGAGCAUUAAAAGUGGCGAUGAACGAAGCAGUAUCAGCAUUUAGGCAGGAAUUAUCAUUACUUAGAGAACGAGUGAAUGAUGACAAAGGCAGUAUAAUAAAUAUGAGUGAAAGAAUAUGUCAAGUGACAGUGUUGCAUUCUCAAGAAUGUGAAAGAAUUUUACGAGAACGUGAACAAGAACUGACAGUAGAUCAUGAGUUGGAACUUGCGGAUGCUAAGAAGCUCAUUCGUUCUAAAGAUGAUGAGAUAUUGAACCUUAAGCAGACAAUAUUAGAGAAAGACUCGGAAGGAGAGCAAGAGAGAAUGAUGAGUACGAGGUUGAUGAGACAAAAGUGGGAAAAUGACCAGGAAGAAUUGAGAAACAUGCAAACUAAAUUCCAAAGUGAGUUGGAGAAGGCUCUAGAUCAAGCAAGAAUUGAUAAAGAAAAUGCGGUCAAGCAAGCACGGGAUGCUGGUCUAGCGGAAAUCAAUGCUUUAAAUAAUACUUUGGAGCAGUACAAAGUAAAUAUCCAGGAGUUGGAAGAAACUUUGGCAACCACCAGAGCAGAACAGCAAAAAUUGGUCAAAGAAGCUACGGAUAAACUGCAGAUGGAAUUCAAGACGGAAUUGGAGACUAUAAGAAGUCGAUUCAAGCUUAUGGCAGCUUCCUCGGUAAUGGAAAGAAGCCCUAGUGACUCCAGUCUAGAAAAAAUAGAGCGUCCAGAUGUGAUCGAAUUAGCAAGUCAUGAAGCCAUUUUGGCUCAAACAAAAAAGAAUAUGGAAGCUGAAAAGGCAGAAGCAAUCCGUAAAGCAAUAGAAAAGGAAACGGAAAAAUUCGAAAUGAAACUUCAGUAUGGUUUAUCACUGGCAACAAAGCAAAUGGAUGCUCAACUUGAAUCGCAACGUCUUCGUGAGUCAUCUCUAGUGGAAGAGUGUCGUCAAUAUCAAGAUAUGAUUCGCAGAGUGACGGAUGACGAAUGUAGAACACGACAGCAAUUAUCCGAGAAAUUAGAAAAAGUUGAAGAAGAGAAAAGACGAUUAGAGUUACUAAUGAUUGCCGAACGGAAACAACGAGACACUCAAAUUCACGAUUUAGAAGCAGAAAAAAGUAAAUUGAGGCAAGAGCUGAAUGAUGAGAGAAUGAAGAUGAGUCAAAGUGGUGGCUCUGGAACUUUAGUAGAUACUCUUAAAAUGCUUUUAUCUGGCGGCAAAGAUGAUAUAGAAGUUUCAGAAUCGAAGAAAGUGAGAUUGGAGUCAGCUGGAGAUGCUGAAAGUCUUUUAAGACGUCUAGAGAUGUUAGAAGGUGAUAAUAAUCGUCUCAGUACAGAGUUAAGACUCAUUCGAGAAAAUAAAGAAACAAUUGAGGCUCGUGUAGAAGCACUAGAAGCUGAUAAAGUUCGUUUGGAGAUCGAAUUAGUUAAGGAAAGGUCUAGAAGAGGUUUUGGUGCCAGUGAAAGUGGUAUUGCUGUCUCUAUUGAAUCGCGGGAUAAAGAUAUGAAUGCGUCGGUUGCUUUGGUAUCAGAUUCCAACCAAGAAGCUGGCAAUCCGGAACACAGUCGUCAAGAUUCUGUUAGAUAUAGAGAGAAAUUGAUGAAGAGCACCAAUAGUAUGUUCCAACAGCUUUCUGUCAGUCUUUAUUCUUGCAAUCCUGGAGAUAGUGUUAUCGUUCUUUGGGAUACGGUUCAUAGCAGCUACAUUAUUCUUCAGGAGUCAAGAACUAUGUAUUUCUUACAUUCUGACUGCAUUGAUAGUCUUGAUCUUCGGCUUGGAUCUGAUGGCCUGCCUAAACAGAUUUAUGUCUUUGGAGAAGUUGUUGAUAAACAGUAUUGUCACGCCAAAAGGUCGGAAAAUCGUUACCACGUGCCUCAAGGUACUAAAUUUUAUCGAGUAAGAGUGAAACCAGCGCAACGAGAUUUGGAUUUAAUAGCAUCGACGUCAGACAAAAGUCUACAGUGAAAAUAAGAAGUAAAUAUAAAUUUUAAGUUGAUAACAAAUCUAAAAAAAUCGAUAAUUCUGCUGUGAUCGAUUGAAAACCUGUGUCGUAGUUGUCCUGUACACCGUUUAAAAGAUCUCCAUAAUGAUAAUAUGAAUUAAUAAUUAUCAUUAACUAUACCUAAUAAUUUUUUUGCAAUAAAUAACAUUAAAAAGGAAAAAAAAAAAA